UUUUGGAUUUACAUAAUGUUUCAAUUAUUUUCAGUGCAGAAUCAGGUUUGGGGAUUGGAGGUGGGAGCCUGAUAAUAGUGCAUAGGAUAUAUAAAUAUGUACCGUCACACACACUUUUCAAGUUCUCUGUUUUCCUGAAGUAGUAAGUCUCUAGAUCCGAGUCAUAUCUGAUUCUUAAAGUCUGUGUUGCCAUAUUUUAUAACCAUUCCUGAGCCCUCAGCCAUAAAUCACUACACCAAGGGAUUCUUCCUUGGCUUUGUACUGGGUGGACUGGACAAGUGCGAGUUCUAAUCCUGGGACCAUGGCGUAUAUUAACAUAUACUCCUUUUACUUACUCUGUAUGUCUGUGGAGGGAAAGUGGCAUUGGCCAUGGACUUUUAUCCCGUGUUCUGAUUGCCUCACUCAUAAUACCUGUGAGGUCUCCUUUGUUCUUGAGGUUGGCUGGGGACAUCCUCCUUCCUAGAACCAACCCCACAAGAAACAAAAGUAUAAAUAAAGCCAACUGGGGAACAGGAUCAUGCUUGGAACUCUCUCUGGACAGAGGAAAAACAAUACGUGGUAUGGACUAGAGAUUAGGGAAGGGGAAGGAAAAGUGGGGUGAAAUUACGGAAGGAAGUUGGCAGGUUCAGUGUUUCUGUGUGGCACAACUCAUUGUUCUUCAACCUUUUCCUAGAAGUAGGGCUUGGUGCCAGGCUUUCUCCGCGAAUAAAAGGAGGUGGAGAACGAGUGGUGCGUCCACUUCAAAUUAUUAGGGGAAGCCAACAUGAUGUCCUUCGCGUCUCUGCUCCUGCUGGGCAUUCUGUUCCCUACCCUUCAGGCCAAGGAAUUUACAAAAUGUGAGCUGUCCCAGGUGCUGAAAGACAUGGAUGGCUAUGGAGGAGUCACUCUACCUGAAUGGAUCUGUAACAUAUUUCAUGUCAGUGGUUUCGACACACAAACCAUAGUCAAUAACAAUGGCAAGACAGAAUAUGGACUCUUCCAGAUCAAUAAUAAACUUUGGUGCAGGGACAAUCAGAUACAGUCAAAGAACAUCUGUGACAUCUCCUGUGAUAAAUUCUUGGAUGAUGACCUUACUGAUGACAUGAUGUGUGCCAAGAAGAUCCUGGAUAGUGAAGGAAUUGACUACUGGUUGCCGCAUAAGCCACUCUGCUCUGAGAAGCUGGAACAGUGGCUCUGCAAGAAGUUGUGAACACCGACUGUCCUUGCUUCUGUUUUUAUUCUGCUCCUGGAACUCCUCAUAGAUACCCCAGUUUGCAUCUUUGUACUCAACUUGAAGCUAAUUUGUCUUUGAGACCUGGGCCUGGUAGUAACACCAUUGGACACGUGAGGACAGUUCUCUAGGGAUAUGUGACUGGUGCACUAGACUUUUGUCCCAUGCUGAAUGCCCCUGGUGGCACUUUCACUACAAGAAUGGA